AUGGCGGAAGGAGGUGAGCGAGAGGAGCUGCUCUCGCCGUCGCCGGUCUCUCCGGCUAAGCGCCUGUGCUCGUGGCCCAGCCCGCAGGCUCACCACCCUCGCGGUUCGCCCGGGGCGGCCAGCGGCGGGGUGGGGGGCGUCGGCGGCAGCUGCCUGGCCCCCGGGGCCCGCCCCCACCUGCAGCCCGAGUCCUUGCUGGACUGCGCCGCCAAGACGGUGGCGGAAAAGUGGGCGUACGAGAGGGUGGAGGAGCGCUUCGAGCGGAUCCCGGAGCCCGUGCAGCGCCGCAUCGUCUACUGGUCUUUCCCGCGGAAUGAGCGGGAGAUCUGCAUGUACUCCAGUUUCCAGUACCGUGGCGGCCCCGGCGCCGGAGCGGCUGGCGGCGCCGCGGGGGCUUCUCCGGCCGAGGAGGGGCCGCCGCCGCCCCCCGGGGCCGCAGCUCCGACCGGCUCCGCCCCCGGGGCGGCCGCGGCGGGGGCAUCCCCCGGGCUGGGCACAGCGACCGGAGCGGCGGGCGGCGGCGGCGAGGGGCUGCCGUUCCGCCGGGGCAUCCGUCUGCUGGACAGCGGCUCGGUGGAGAACGUGCUGCAAGUCGGCUUCCAUCUCAGUGGCACAGUAACUGAGGCAGCUACUACUUCAGAACCAGCAGUAACCUACAAAGUUGCAAUCAGUUUUGAUCGAUGCAAAAUCACUUCAGUGACAUGUGGCUGUGGGAACAAAGAUAUAUUCUACUGUGCUCAUGUGGUAGCACUCUCACUCUACAGGAUCCGUAAACCAGACCAAGUCAAAUUGCGUCUUCCUAUCUCAGAAACCCUUUUCCAGAUGAAUAGGGACCAGCUACAAAAGUUUAUUCAAUAUUUAAUCACGGCACACCACACUGAAGUUCUUCCUACUGCACAGAAACUGGCAGAUGAGAUUCUAUCCUCCAACUCUGAAAUCAACCAAGUGAAUGGUGCCCCUGACCCCACAGCUGGGGCCAGCAUUGAUGAUGAGAACUGUUGGCAUUUGGAUGAAGAACAGGUGAAAGAACAAGUGAAGCUCUUUCUCUCCCAGGGUGGUUACUAUGGCUCUGGGAAGCAACUCAAUUCAAUGUUUGCCAAGGUUCGAGAGAUGCUGCGGAUGAGGGAUUCCAAUGGAGCCAGGAUGCUGACGCUGAUAACUGAGCAGUUUAUGGCUGACCCACGACUCACACUCUGGAGGCAGCAGGGAACAAGCAUGACAGAUAAGUGCAGGCAACUCUGGGAUGAGUUAGGGGCCUUAUGGGUGUGCAUCAUUUUAAAUCCACAUUGCAAACUGGAGGAAAAGUCCUGUUGGCUGCAGCAACUGCAGAAGUGGAGUGACCUGGAUAUCUGUCCCCUGGAGGAUGGGAACUAUGGGCACGAGCUGCCCAACAUCACCAAUGCACUUCCCCAGAAUGCCAGUCACAGCCCAGACUCCUUAUCCAGGCCAAGACGAACAGUGUUCACUAGAGCCAUCGAGGGCCGUGAAUUACAUUGGCAGGACAGCCACUUACAGCGAAUAAUAAGCAGCGAUAUAUAUACAACUCCUGCCUGCCAGCAGGAAAGUGAGAGACUACUGUUUAAUUCCCAAGGCCAGCCACUGUGGCUUGAGCAUGUGCCUACAGCCUGUGCUCGGGUUGAUGCUCUGCGCUCCCAUGGUUAUCCAAAAGAGGCCCUCAGACUCACGGUGGCCAUUAUCAAUACUCUGAGGUUGCAGCAGCAACGGCAGCUGGAAAUCUACAAGCAUCAGAAGAAAGAACUGUUACAAAGAGGAACCACAACCAUCACAAACCUGGAAGGCUGGGUGGGGCACCCUCUGGAUCCCAUUGGCUGCCUGUUUCUCACUUUGACUGAGGCCUGUCGUCUGAACGAUGAUGGCUAUCUGGAAGUGUCAGAUAUGAAUGAAAGCAGACCCCCUGUGUACCAGCAUGUACCUGUGGCUACAGGCUGCCCAAACAGCCAUGAGUCCUACCUGUCAUUGGCCCUGGAAGUUGCUCUGAUGGGGAUGGGUCAACAGAGAGUGAUGCCUGAAGGCCUCUACGCACAGGACAAGGUGUGCCGUAAUGAGGAGCAGCUCCUGAGUCGACUUCAAGAGCUGCAGCUGGACGAUGAGCUAGUGCAAACACUGCAGAAACAAUGCAUCUUACUACUGGAAGGAGGCCCCUUCAGUGGUUUAGGAGAAGUCAUUCACCGAGAGAGUGUUCCCAUGCAUACCUUUGCCAAGUAUUUGUUCUCAGCUCUGCUGCCUCAUGAUCCAGACCUGUCCUAUAAAUUAGCCUUACGUGCUAUGAGGUUACCUGUUCUAGAAAACUCAACUUCUACAGGCGACAGUUCUCACCCUCACCAUAUGGUGUCUGUGGUGCCCAGUCGUUAUCCUCGCUGGUUCACGCUUGGACACUUGGAAUCACAGCAAUGUGAACUGGCCUCCACCAUGCUGACUGCUGCCAAAGGGGACACUCUGAGGCUCCGAACAAUUCUGGAAGCAAUACAGAAACACAUCCAUUCUUCCUCCCUCAUCUUCAAACUGGCCCAGGAUGCAUUCAAGAUUGCCACUCCCACAGACAGUAGUACUGACAGCACCCUGCUCAACGUGGCCCUGGAGCUGGGGUUACAGGUGAUGAGGAUGACCUUAUCAACUCUUAACUGGAGGCGCCGGGAGAUGGUGCGGUGGUUGGUGACAUGUGCUACAGAAGUGGGUGUGCGGGCCCUGGUGAGCAUUUUGCAGAGCUGGUACACACUCUUCACCCCCACUGAGGCUACUAGCAUUGUGGCUGCCACCGCUGUAUCCCACACCACUAUUCUGCGCCUCAGUCUUGACUAUCCACAGCGAGAGGAGCUGGCUAGCUGUGCUCGCACGCUGGCCCUACAGUGUGCUAUGAAGGAUCCGCAGAGCUGUGCCCUGUCAGCCCUUACACUCUGUGAGAAAGACCACAUCGCCUUCGAGGCAGCCUACCAGAUCGCCAUUGACGCCGCCACUGGUGGCAUGACGCAUGCGCAGCUGUUCACCAUUGCCCGCUACAUGGAGCUCCGUGGCUACCCGCUACGUGCCUUCAAGUUGGCCUCACUGGCCAUGAGCCAUCUCAACCUGGCCUACAACCAGGAUACCCAUCCAGCCAUCAAUGAUGUGCUCUGGGCGUGCGCCCUCAGCCACUCUCUGGGCAAGAAUGAGCUGGCAGCCCUCAUCCCCCUGGUGGUGAAGAGCGUGCACUGUGCCACAGUGCUCUCAGACAUCCUGCGGCGCUGUACGGUGACCGCGCCGGGCCUGGCCGGCAUCCCAGGCCGCCGCAGCUCUGGGAAGCUCAUGUCCACCGACAAAGCCCCACUGCGCCAGUUGCUGGAUGCCACCAUCAAUGCCUAUAUAAACACUACACACUCACGCCUGACACACAUCAGCCCUCGCCACUACGGAGAGUUCAUUGAGUUUCUGAGCAAGGCUCGGGAGACCUUCCUGCUGCCCCAGGAUGGCCACCUGCAGUUUGCCCAAUUCAUCGACAACCUCAAACAAAUCUACAAAGGCAAGAAGAAGCUGAUGCUGCUGGUGCGAGAGCGCUUUGGCUGA